ACUUAGGGGAAUGGGAAUUUGCGUCAGAAGUAAUCCCUAACAAGGUUGUUGGUGACCGUUGUAGGUCUUCUAGAGUUAAUCAGUCUAUUUUGAAUGGAUUGCUAAAUCUCAACCUCACCGAUAAGCAAGCUAAAGAUAUCAAAGUGCCCUUUGUGCAGGAUAUGUAUGAGCAAACAAAUGAAAUAGCUGAAACUCAAGAAAACACACACAAUGGAUUCAAUUAUAUUUUUAGUGAUAAUUCUGAUAUCAAACCUACUCAUUAUAAGGCAAAAUAUAUACAUAAACUAUGGUG